AUGACGGAACGUGUAGAGGAAGGAAUGCUGGUUGUGGGUCCCGAGGAUGGAGACCACACUAUUGCUCAGGAAGGAGACCACACCAUCCGAGGCCGUCUUGUCCUCAUGGCCGCGUCCUCUGAGGAGAGCGUCCACCAUGGCAGUCAAGUUCCCCCGCUGGACGUCAACCCUCUGGUUCGCUUCCCAUUGCUGGUGUUCAACCUCACGCUGUGCCUGGCUGGCGUCGCGUUGAGCGCCGUGUCCGCGCUGUUGCUGGUGCAGACCCUGCAGUGGCGCGACGACAUCGAGGCCCUGCGACUUGGCGGUCUGGGCGGCCUGCUCAUGUCGCACCUCGAGCUGGCCCUGCUCGGGGCCGGGCUCCUGCUGAGUGCCGUCUCGUGUUGCGGCUGCGUCGGGGCGCUGCGCGAGAACGCCUGCCUGCUGCGCGCGUACUCCUUCUCCUUACUGGGCCUCAUCAUGACCGCCGCGGUGCUCGGCACGGUUGUGCUUGUCAUGCCAGCCGGAGCCAAGAGGGCCGUGCAGAGGACGCUGUCGUCCACGUUGGUGGUGCACUACCGCGACUCCCCGGACGCCCAGCAGCUGGUGGACGCUGUGCAGCGCCACCUGGGUUGCUGCGGCAUGACGAGCAAGAACUUCCGGGACUGGAACGACAACAUCUACUUCAACUGCAGCGCGGACAACCCGAGCCACGAGCGCUGUUCGGUGCCUCACUCGUGCUGCAAGAGCAACAACGCCAGCUUCCAGUGCGGCCGGGGCGUGCUCAACAUGAGCGACUACGAGGCCUGGUUCCACAUCAACUGGAACAACUGCGCCGACGCGGCGCUGCACGCGCUGCGCGCCCACGCGCUCGCCGUGUGCGGAGGCUGCCUGGCGCUCUCGCUCUGCCUCGCCUUCCUCGACGCGCUGGCGCAUACCACGCGCUCCGAGAUCCGCCUCAUACGCGACUACUACGCGCGCCACGGACUGACCGCGUAG